AUGGAGGAGUGCGCUUGCCUCUGCCUCGUGGGCUCUUCGCAGGGAUGUCAGUGUAGUAGUCAGAAGCGCCAGCGCCCAGCUGAGACGGCAGCGGCCGAUGGCAAGCAGUCUCCAGCUCUGCCAGAAAAGCACCUCGAGGCGGACGCGGCAGCACGGUGCUGUGCAGGGAGUGGAGGAAUCGCGAGCCCCAUGCCGACCCUGCACUGCUCCCUGCAGGACCUGCCAGUGGAGAUGCUGGUGGAGAUCUUCGCCUCGCUCCCUGGCACCGAUCUGCCCAGCCUGGCCCUGGCCUGCACCAAAUUCCACCACAUCCUGCACACCGACAGCAUCUGGAGACGGCGCUGCCGGGAGGAGUUUGGCGCUUGUGAAAACUUGCAGAACCUGGAGAUGAUGGGUGUGUCUUAUCGAGAAGUCUAUGCGAAGCUGCUCCAUCCAUACAGACACAUUUUGGGAUUGUGGCAGCUAGAUACUGAGGGCUAUAGAACACUGCUGAAUGUCGUGGUGGAUGGCUUAUGCAUUACUGGUUGGACAUUCAGGCCUUGCCUUAACGCCCAUGUGGAUCGCCCAAUGCAAUUCAAGCCCGCGUUCAGAAUUCGCCUGACGGAGAGGAAAUCAGCCACGGUGGAGUGCAUGGAAGGCCGCAUUAGCAGGCCCCACAGCCGCCACGUGCAUAUUCAGAAGAACAGGCUCACCCUCCAGUGCAACAAAACAGACCACCUUAAGGAUUUACCAAUGCGGCUUAGGGACGAAUGGGGGCGGGUGCUGGUGCAGGAGGACAGACAGCGGUAUGACUGCCUGACCUACCGCCGCCUCUACCUCCCGCCAAGCCACCCGGACGACCUCAUCAGGCCAGGUCUUUUCCAAUACAACUACGAUGCCUUCGGCCUAUCGAUUGCCAUGCUCAGCUUCCAUGGGAAGUAUGCCAGGGUCACGAAGGUCACGGGAGACUUCAAACCGAGGUUGGAGAUCCACCUCAUGCACCGCAUCCAGCUGCGAGAUGGCGAGAUCUUCCGCAGCUUCAACGAGCUCUCCCGCGUGGUCCAGGAGAUUGACGAGCAGCAGCAGCAGCAGCAGCAGCAGCAAGAAGAUGGGACUGAGGAAAGCGAGGGCCAUGGCUGGCAGAGCCCUGCCCAGCCCAGCGUCGGGGAGUCCGGGGCUGCAGCUUCGGAGGAGCAGCCUGUUCCAUUUGUUCUGCCUGUGGACGUGCACUCAUUUGACCAGGACUACCCUCGAACCUGCAGGAUGUGUUUCUAUGGCGUGGAAACUUUUACCUUACCUGGCUUCGCCGACCCCAUGCGCCUCCCUGUAGUCUUCAUCCUGUUCGAUGAGAACCACUUCGGGUUCAUCUGGCUGGAGGCGAAAUACUUCUUCCUGUUCGGCAGAGUCCAGAACACUUUUCAGAAUGUGGAGGCACCGUCUGGGCAGGCCUUCCUGGAGAUGCUCUCGAACAUUCAGUCCAGACCCCUGUGA